CCCCUCUUUUAGUGGAGGGUGUUCAUAGUGAAAGAGGGCAGCAGGCCCCUUGGAAGAGGAGUGGGCCAUGCUGGCAGCCCGAGAAGCAGCAGCGCUCUACCAGACGGAUUUUGUGCGCAAUGCCAGGGCGGUGGGUGCGCUCUGGGCCGGCUGUACCCUUUGUUUUGGCAUCCUAGAAGUCGUGGUGCUGAUCCAGCCGGCAUGGGUGCAGACAGCACAGCUCACCUACCAGCUCCCCCCCUCAGGGGUCCUUUCUGACCCCAGUGUGAGUGCCGUAGGAUCCUUUGGGCUCUACCAAGUCUGCACGGAGCGUGAGGGUGCCCUCCAGUGUGAGGGGUCGCUGGUCACCCUGACACCCAUCCCAUCCUUCAAGGCAGCGGCAGUUUUUGUCCUGAUGGCCCUGGUUCUGGUGAUGGGCAGUGUGGCUUCCUUGGGCCUCUUCUGGGUCUGCAGCCCUGGGACCGUCUACAAGGUGUGUGCCUGGCAGCAGCUUUCGGCAGCAACUUGUCAGGCCCUUGGCUGCUUGGUUUUCCCAGAUGGAUGGGGAGCACCUGAGGUGAGGGCUCUUUGUGGGCCUCGAGCUAGGAGCUACACCCUGGGCACCUGCACAAUACACUGGGCCUUUACCCUCGCCUUGCUGGGCAUAGCUGAUGCUCUGGUACUGGCUACCCUUGCUUUUGUCUUGGGAAACCGGCAGGAUGCUCUGUUACCUGCAGGCUAUGCACCACCCUCAGGGGGAAGAGGUGUUACCUCAGCCCUGACUCCAGAUUGAGUCCUUUCCCUGCUCAUCUCCCCUCCCAGUGGACAUCCUUCAGAGUUGGACACUCACUUACCAAUGGAACCAUUUUCUUGCUGUGC